UUGGGGACGAAGAAGUCACGGAUACAACUUUGACUUAUGACGUAGAGGUACGUCACAAGUCAAAGUUGAAUCCAAGGACGAAAUAUGGCGGCGUCGGCUAGAAAAGUUACUGCGAUGUUUGUGUCUAAAAUACCAUGGACCGUGUCAAGUAAGGAAUUAAGGGAACAUUUCGGGAAGUUUGGUAAAGUAAGGAUGUGUCGACUCCCAUUUGAUAAAGAAACAGGCUUCCACAAAGGCUUCUGCUGGAUUCAGUUCAACAAAGAGGAAGAACUGGUCAAAACCCUCCAGGAGAAACAUAUGCUGGAAGGAAGAAAGAUCAACGUUCAGAGGAACAUAGGCAACUCGUUUGAAACAGAGAAAGGCAACUAUCAUGACUAAAGCUUCUGCCAUCUCUGUCCAGCAUGUUGCUCUUAUUAUUUUUUGUAUGUUUUCCAGAGUAUGUUUCCUUUUUCCUACAACAUUGGUGACUUUGGAUGCUUUACCUCUUGCUGUUUAUUGUUUUUUCCGGGUAUAAUUAUUUAUUGUUACAGAGCUGAGCAUUCUGAACCUUACUCUAAUACACCAUCAGUGUCAACUUCAUCAUAAGUUGCCACAUUAUUCUUCUCAUUUCCAAUGAAUGGCAAUAAAGCGUUUAAAUGUCCUUA